AGAAUAUAAUAUAUUCGUAAAAGUAAUUAAUGCAUUACGAGAACUUGAAAGGAAAUAUACAGAAGAAUUAGAAAAGAUAUUAAGAAAGAAGAAAGAAAACCAAAAGAAAUAUCAUGAUAAAUUAAAUAAAUUCCUAGAAAUAAAAGACUCAUUAACUUAUAUAACUAUUGAACACUUAUCCAAAGAAAAAGAAGUACUAAAGAAAGGACUCGACCUAGAAAACCUACAUAUCAAAGAUUACUUACAAUUUUAUACUCCUGCAUUCUUCACAGCAUUAUCAAGAGUAUAUGAUUAUUAUAAAUCAGGAAAAGUAGGAGAAUAUUUCAGAAAUCAAUCAAAAAAGAUACAAGCAAAUUAUUUAAACAAAUUGAUAUAUAAACCAAAAGAAUAUUUUGAUAACAAAAAGAAAAGAAAAGAAAAUAGAUUCAAAAAGAAUGAAUUCACAAUAGUACACCUCAAAAACAUGAAAUGUUAUAAUUGCAGAAGAAAAAGACAUCUUAUGAGUGACU